UUAUUUCUUUGACUUACGGAACUUAGAGAGAAAAAGGGUGCACGGAACCUUCUCGCAAGACCAGGUUCUGUUGUGGGUCUCUGUUCUUACUUCGCCCCACAAAAAGGGCCUCGUUUUCUCUCCAUACGAUACCCUAAAAACUGGGAAAAACGAAAAUUUCCUGGAAAGUGUCCGCUUUUCUUCACGUUACAACUCAGCAGCAACCUCGUGUUCAAUGUGCAUUUUAUGGCAGACCCCUAAAAAAUAAAGCCUGGGGCAAACGCUGGGUCGCCAUUAACAUAGACUCAUAUUGCCGCGACAUGCCACCAACUCAGAUAAGCGUUUUGGUGCUUUUGUGCUAUCUAGAUGCUUUACAAGGUUUGCGCUGGAUAAAAAACGUGUAUAGCUUGUACUUUCUAGGGUUUUUAUGACUCCACGGUGAAAGGAAAGAAGCUAGGAGAUCUUGGCAAUUUCAGGCGAGAAAGCCAAUAAGUGUUUAGAAUUUAGGGUUUUGGUGCAAAAAUCGUUUUUUCCUGUGAUUAUGGUUUGCAUGAAUAGUUAUUUGAAGAGAGUUUGUGGUGGUGAUAGGGCUUAAGGUUCCAGAAUAAUGCUAAAUCCAGAAAGGCGAUUAAAAGGAUUUGAGAAAACACAUUUGUUGGCUUGUUGCUCUCCUAGAAUUUUGUAUGAAUGCUAGAGUUGGUCUCCGAGAAUUUUGUAUGAAUGCUAGUUUGAUUUAAAAUUGAACUUAUCAAAAUCUAUGGCUAAUUGGGCUUUUACUAUACGAAGAGCCACAGCGACAUGGCAAGCGUCUCGACCCCUUUCAAGUCAGGCCUCCGGCCUUUCUCCCAUUGAGUUACACCUUGCCUUUACUUCUAGGGCAAGGGCAAGAGCAAGAGAACAACCUACUUUACCAUCCCAGACUUGUAGGGAGAUAUCACAGCUUGUGAAAACAAAUGGAAAACGGGCCUUCCUUGUGGACACUCUUGCACUGGUUAGAAGAUUAGAAGCACAAGGUGUACCAUCAAACCAUGCUGAGGCGAUAACAGCAGCUAUUACUGAAGUUCUGAAUGAUAGCUUGGAAAAUGUGGCUCAGUCUUUUGUCUCAAAAAUGGAGAUGCAGAAAAGUGAAAUGAUUCAAGAAUCUAACAUCUCAAAAUUUAAAUCUGAAGUUCAAAGUUCUCAGGAGCACCAUUUUUCUUUGCUUCAACGUGAAACAGAAAAGCUUCGAACUGAUAUAGAAAAGAUGCGCAGUGAGCUAAGGUAUGAGAUCGACAAAGUUACUGCAGGACAACGUCUUGAUUUGAACCUGGAAAGGGGACGCAUACGUGAUGAGCUUGCCAAUCAAAGUGCAGAAACCUCUAGUCUCACUAACAAGCUUGACAGGGAAAUCCAUGCUUUAAGGGCUCAGUUGGAAGCAGCCAAAUACGACGUGAUCAAAUACUGCAUCGGAACUUUGGUCUCGAUUUCAGCUGUUGGGAUUGCUGUUCUCCGCAUUCUUAUGUGAUAAACAACUUGAUAGUUUCUUAAAAAUUCUUUUACUUAAUUCUUGACCACCCCCUUAUUUGAAAGGGUGGGCAUGUUCUGGACUUGUUUGGCACAAUCAAGCAGUCCACGUACUUCUGAUUGCUUUGUAAUUCUCAUUUGGUUGUGUAUUUUGUCGAAAGAAAAGGGAAAACAAUCAUUUAUAGAAGUCGGAUUUUUUUCUCGAAUGUCCUAAUUCUUGUUGGAAAUAUUGGCCACCCUGUGAAUAAUUGGAAGGGUGAGUGGCAAUAUCUAAUGCCCAAUAAUUUUAAACAGAUGUAUAAUUUCUGUUUAUUGAGAAAGAAAGGAGAAAUGAUUGAUUA